AUGUCUCAGGGAAGAGGCAGUGCAGUUAUUGCCACAACAAUGAUGUUGUGUCUGGUGGUCCUUUUCCAUUUUGAGGUGGCUGAAGCCGCCAGCUACGCCGUUGGAGGCAGUGGCGGUUGGACCUUUAACGUUUCCGGUUGGCCCAAAGGCAAGAAGUUUAAAGCCGGUGAUACACUCGUGUUCAACUAUAACUCGGCGAUUCACAACGUCGUGGCAGUGAACAAGGGUGGCUAUCAAGGUUGCACCGCCCCUGGUGGCGCCAAGGUGUACCAGACCGGAAAAGAUCAGAUCAAACUCGUUAAGGGACAGAAUUUCUUCAUUUGCAGUAUCGCGGGCCACUGUCAAUCUGGAAUGAAGAUAGCUGUCAUUGCAAUGUGA